AUAAUGAGGGUGCUCAAAGAUUUGUGAUUUGGAUCAAGGAAGGAGUUUAUAAUGAGACAAUUCGGGUUCCGUUACAGAAGAAGAAUGUGGUAUUUUUGGGUGAUGGCAUGGGUAAAACUAUCAUUACAGGGUCAUUGAAUGUGGGGCAACCUGGGAUGACCACCUAUGAUUCAGCUACAGUUGGAGUGCUUGGUGAUGGAUUCAUGGCGAAGGACCUAACAAUUGAGAACACGGCGGGUCCCAAUGCCCACCAAGCAGUGGCAUUCCGAUCAGACAGUGACCUAUCCAUCAUAGAAAAUUGUGAAUUUAUAGGAAACCAAGACACUGUAUGUGCCAACACACUUCGACAAUUUUAUAAGUCCUGUCGCAUCCAAGGCAAUGUGGACUUCAUUUUCGGAUUUUCAACUUCAAUCUUCCAAGAUUGCCUCAUCCUAGUCUCUCCCCGCCCCCAAGUCUUCCCUCAAAACAAUGUCAUAACAGCUCAUGGAAGGUUCGACCCUGCCCAAUCAACCGGCUUUGUGUUCUUGAAUUGCACAGUUAAUGGUACUAAUGAAUACAUGAUGACUUUUUAUAACAAAAGGAAUCCUAGUCCUAAGGAGGUUUGCAAGAACUUCUUGGGGAGACCAUGGAAGGAGUAUUCAAGGACAAUUUUUAUUCAAUGUAACUUAGGGGAUCUCAUUGCACCCACAGGAUGGAUGCCUUGGGAUGGAAACUUUGCUUUAUCAACCCUUUAUUAUGGGGAAUUUGACAACUUCGGCCACGGAUCCAAUUUGUCUUUUAGAGAAAAAUGGAGUAGCACAAUUCCAGCCAAUCAUGUCCAAACAUAUUCAGUGCAAAAUUUUAUACAAGGUGCUAAGUGGAUUCCAACAUCUUCAAACUCAUCUUACUCAUAAUGAGUCAUGGCCCAUAGGGCAACAUGGGGCUAUACUAUACAAUGGAAUCCUAUUCUCUUUUAUUGCAGCUUUUGUAUCACCAUAAAUUCUUUCAAUCCAAAUUAUAUCAUCAAAUGAUUUUAUUUGUC